AUGUGUUUACACCCGAGAACCGCGUUGUCAAACCUAAGUGGCAAGUACAAGCAGCAGCGGGCCAUUGAUGCCGCCAAGGCUGCUGCCGGGCCGGGCGGCAUGGCGCCCACGCGGGCGGUGAUUCGCUCGUCGCUCUACUCUAUCGUGUUUGAGAAGGCAGUGCCGUUUGAUGACAGCAAGGCGGUGUUUGAUUUGCGCUUCUCCCUCAAGUGUGCCGAUGCCAACAGCCUGCCCAUCAAGUCGCUCCUCGUCCACUUCCCCACUCUCAUUAGGUUGGCGGAGGUGGAGGGGUUGCAGCUGAUCGACAUUGUCAACCUCGAGACCCUUUUCAACGACACCAGGACGCCUGCCAGCAUGCGCCUGCUGGCGCACACCUGCCCCGCUGCGCUACUCGCCAUGCCUGACCCGCGUGGCGACGCUGCUGCUGCUGCUGCUGCUGCUGCUGCUGCUGCGGGUGCAGCAGCGGGCGAGGGGGCGGAUGGGCGGCCUGUGGACGCUGCGCCCUGCCCUCCCUUGCACUUGCUUACCAACCAUUCGCGUUUUCCUCCUAGUGCGCCCCUCAUGCCCCACUGCCUGCGCCCCUCAUGCCCCACUGCCUGCGCCCCUCAUGCCCCACUGCCUGCGCCCCUCAUGCCCCACUGCCUGCGCCCCUCAUGCCCCACUGCCUGCGCCCCUCAUGCCCCACUGCCUGCGCCCCUCGUGCCCCACUGCCUGCGCCCCUCAUGCCCCACUGCCUGCGCCCCUCAUGCCCCACUGCCUGCGCCCCUCAUGCCCCACUGCCUGCGCCCCUCAUGCCCCACUGCCUGCGCCCCUCAUGCCCCACUGCCUGCGCCCCUCAUGCCCCACUGCCUGCGCCCCUCAUGCCCCACUGCCUGCGCCCCUCAUGCCCCACUGCCUGCGCCCCUCAUGCCCCACUGCCUGCGCCCCUCAUGCCCCACUGCCUGCGCCCCUCAUGCCCCACUGCCUGCGCCCCUCAUGCCCCACUGCCUGCGCCCCUCAUGCCCCACUGCCUGCGCCCCUCAUGCCCCACUGCCUGCGCCCCUCAUGCCCCACUGCCUGCGCCCCUCAUGCCCCACUGCCUGCGCCCCUCAUGCCCCACUGCGUGCGCCCCUCAUGCCGCCCUGCCGGCGCCUCUGGGCAGGUCUCUUCGCUGCCUUCAUCUUCUCCAAGCCGCUGCCCCCCACUCGUCUGCCGCCGCCACCACCACCUCCCACACCGCCAGCAGUGGCAGCAGGCGAGGUGGCAGGUGGGGGAAGGGGACCAGGGGAGGUGCGGGCGGCACAUGUGUGUGCAGCCAUCUCCGCCACGCCACUGGAUGAGCCCACCUCUCUGCGUCCGUCCCUGCCCAUGGUGCCCGUGCCCCCUGCACCAGCACACGCUGCCACCACCCCUGCCCCGCCUCCCACCGCCUGUGCACGCGCAGCUGACACGGUGCUGAGUAGCACGCGUGCACGCACAUCGCCCUCGCCUCCACCCACGCUGCCUGCUGCCCACAGCCACCGCCAUGGUGGUAGUGGGGGCGCAGUGGGCACGGCACGCACGCAUGGUGGUCCGCCUUGCCCCGCUGCUGCGCUGCCACACACGUGUGCCGCCGUGCGCGUGGAGGUGAGCGCGGGGCCACCUGUGCUGCCCCACAUGGAGGUGAGCGCGGGGCCACCUGUGCUGCCCCACAUGGAGGUGAGCGCGGGGCCACCUGUGCUGCCCCUGGCGCAGGAGGGACGAGCUGAGGCGAGCCCACGCGGCGAGGUGAGAGGCAGUGCGGGUGCAGGGAGGGGCGAGAGGGGCGAGAGGGGCGAGAGAGAGGCGAGGGCGGUGGGCAGGGGGGCGCGCGGCGUGUGGGACCUGGUCGACCUGGACGCCUCCGACGGCCACCUUGACCCCUCCCCCUCCCCCUGGGCGCUCGCCCCCCCGCCCCCCGUCCCACCCCUCUCUCCCCCUCCCCUCUCCGUCCCCCCCUUCCACCCACCUGCCUCCUGCGUGCCCCCUACGCGUGGCAACGUGGGCGUGGGUGGGGAAAGGCAGGCGUGGGGUGCUGUGCCCAUGCAGAGAGGGCAGUGGGGGGCGAGGGAAGACAGGGAGCAGAGAAGGGGAAGGGGACAGCGGGAGGAGAGGGGGGAAAGGGGGAAAGAAGGGGAAAGAGAGGAGAGGGGGGAGAGGGGCGAAAGGAUGCAGGAAGAGGUGAUGGUGGAGCAAAGGGGAACGGCAGAGAAAGCACAACAACACAGUGGGGCUAUGGGAAGCAAGAGUGGGAUGGAUGAGGAGGUUCAGUCGUUUCAUGUGCUUGCGCUGCAUCCAUGCGCUACUGAGCCGCAGCACAGUGCUGAGAGGCAGAGUGAGUGCCCCGCGCACGAGCAGAGUGAUUGGGGCGAGCACCGUGAGGGCGCAGGCGAGCACCGUGGGGGCCCAGGCGAGCACCGUGGGGGCCCAGGCGAGAGUCACACUGGUUGGCUCGAGAUGCACUCCCACUCUCACGCCCACUGCCCUCAGCAGCAGCAGCAGCAGCAGCAGCAGCAGCAGCAGCAGCAGCAGCAGCAGCAGCAGCAGCAGCAGCAGCAGAGGCAAGGCGAUGUGCAUGUAUGUGUGGAUGUGGGAGUGCAGAGCAGGUGGGUGCGCAUGGCAUCCCCGCCACGCGUGCCCCAGGGGGCGCUGCCUGCCCCGCUGCCGCUGCCGCGCACAGGCAGUGCUGGCUGCACCCAGGGGGGCGCUGGGGAGGGCGGACACGGGAGGCAGGGAGGGGACGGUGGGGAGGGAGGGGAGGGAGAGGAAGGUGGGGGCGAGGUGAGGUGGCGGGCGCAGGGCAAGCGCGAGCGCAGUCGCAGGAAGGCGCGUGGGGUGGCGAUGUACGACAUCCUGCGGCGCACUCCCAUCCUUGCUGCCCGCGGGCUGGUGCGGCCUGAGGGGUGCGGUGGGGCGCACGCGAUGAGCGCACGGGAUGGUGGGGAGGGGAGGGCGGGGGAUGGAAUGGGAGUGCGGGAGGGGUGGGUGCCGGGGGAGGCAGGGCGCGGUGGCGAUGAGGUGGGGGAGGGGAGGGCGGGCACGAGGAGAGGGGAGGUGGACGAGUGGGAGGAGUGGCACCGGCGGCAGAUGGCUGCUGCGGGGCAUGCGGGGCAUGCGGGGCAUGCGGGGCGGGCAGGGCAGGCGGUGCUCAGCAGUGCACAGCCUGCAAGGCAUGACGGCAGCAGUGGUGCUGCUGCAGUGGUGGAGCGAGUGGGGGAGGCGCAUGCAGGUGGAGAGGCAGGGAUGCAUGCAGCAGCGCAAGACAGCGAGACAGCCCUUUGGGCAUUGGGAGUUGUAGGCGCUGCGGGUGGAGGUGGAGGAGGCGUCCCCGCUGUGCCACACGAUGGCUCGUCCAGUGAGGUACAUGCAGGUGGUGCGGUGGAGCAGGAGCCGCUCAUCACCUACUCACUCAAGCGAAACCGCAAAUCCCUCAACAAGGAGCACACCUGGAACAUGGCUCGUAAGCGUAAGGGGCAGGCCCUUAACGACUGCCCCUCGGAUCUAAACGACAUUCCGUACAUCCGCUGGAUGAACCAGCAGAUCGCCAACGGUCGCCAUCCUAGGGGAUUAUCCGCGCCGCCCGUGCUUGACGGCCAGGGAUCCGCUGCACAGUCGCCCACAGCGGCCCCGUCACGUGUGCGCCGUCAGCCUGCAAGGACGGCAGCAACGCACCGGCCAGUCGUGGAGCAAUACGACGACGACCCUGACGCCGACGACCGCGAAGAAGGGGGUGACUCCGAUGACGAGGUGGAGGAGCCCGAAGACCAGGGAAUGUCGCCCAGCGACGAAGACGAAGACGACGACGACGAUGAGGAUGCCGAGGAGGACGUCCCGGAGGAAGCACAGCCUGUCGCUCAGCCGCCGAAACGGAGCGCCGCACGCAAAUAA